GAGCAUUCUUUCGAUCUCCGGCAUCAUUCCUUCUUCUCGCACACGUUUCGUCACAUUCCAUCCAACCGUAUCGGCGCAUUCUUCACACCCGCUCAUUACACCUUGUGAUCUGAGAGCUAGUCGACUCUCAGAGUCCUCACCUUGUUACAGUAUCAGACCGCUCGUCGUCGGGUGGUGUCCGACAGAGUGAGCCGCACCGGACGCUUAACACUCCUUCUCGGAGUCCCGAGAAGCGAGUCAUACUGUGAGAGGAAAGGACCGACUACCGGACCGAGAUGGCAGGAAUAGGCGCCAAGAUAUCCCGGCUUCUGCCGUUAGUCGGGUAUCACCACGUGCUGAUGGUUAUCAUCGCAGUUGCCAUCAUUCUUCUAUCUCUACUAUUGGCCGGGUGCUCAUCGUCCUCCCCACAAAUUCCCGACAUAUUCCUGAUCUCACUAUACUAUGAGCGCUAUAAACCGACGUUCAAUCUCGCCCAGGUCGAUCCCGGAGUAGUGACGGCAACGGCGAAUAUUGUGGGAGGGGCACAAAUGGAGGUUCGCGUGGGCUAUUUCGGAAUCUGCGUGCAGCCAGACGACGGAUCCUACAUUUGCAACUCGAAUGCGACAGCAUUGGCGGAGAUUGUUACGGUUGAUCAGGACCCAUUGAACCUGAUUUGGGUGGCGUCAACAUUCAAGGAUGCGGUUGUGUUUCCAUACCUUAUGAUCAUUGCCGUCAUUCUAGCCUUCUUCUGCUUUAUCCUGCUCGCAACCUUCCCCGGCUGGCACGAUGAGCUAGACGCCAACGGUGCCGAAGUCGAGUCCAAGCCCUUCCCAUCGCGGCCGGUCUCCCAAGCAGCACUGGCCCUUAUCUUCGUGUCUUCGGUAUUUGUGCUUGUCUCUGUGCUAUGGCAGCACACGGCUUCCGUAGCCGCAAGCACCAUCGCUCAAGACAUGGGCAACGGAAGUGUCAAGAGUGGCGUAGGAACGUCCGCCAUGGUUCUUGGCUGGUUUGGAUUCGGUCUCCUAGUGGUCGUGACAAUAGGGCUGCUGGUUAUGAUUCUCAGCAUCAACUUGAUACAGCAGUUGACAGACGAAGCAUAGCCCCGCAUGGCCUACGUUUCUUAUAUUCUUAUUGUUUGGUUUUGGCUUUUCUUUCGACCCGCUACACACCCCCUCCUCCCCGACUUAACGACACGAAUACAUACGAACGGCACAGCAUGAAUAAUUACGAACGACCUCUGAUUUUGAAUGGAUAUGUUAUGGAUUAUAUGGAC